AUUAUUAUGUCUAGGUAACCUUGGCCUCUGUGUUUCAGGUCUGGUGAAGCUGUCAGACCUAAAGGGCCCUCCUCCUGCGAGGUCACUUCCUGUUGCUGACAAGGCGAUGACUCAGAGAGGGGGCGGAGCCUGUGAGGAGGAGCAGCAGGAGGAGGAGGAGGAAGCAGCUCCAGCGGUCAGGAGGAGGAACAGGAAGUCAGCAGCAGCAGCAGAUGAGAUGGAAGUGAAGGUCAGGGGUCGUCGGCAGAGAGAUUUUGACCCGAUGACAGCAGCAGCGGAUGAAGAGGAGGCGGAGCCUCAGGAGAACAGAGAGAAGGCGGACCCCACCAUCUGGACUCAGAACCAACAGAAACUGCUGGAACUCGCUCUGCAACAGUUCCCCAGAGGAACGGCAGAGCGCUGGGACCGCAUCGCCAAGGUGGUCCCUGGGAAGACCAAGGAGGAGUGUAUGAUUCGUUAUAAGAUGUUGGCGGAACUCGUUCAGAAGAAGAAACAGGCUAAAAGCUGAUUGAAGAUCUUGAUCUGUGACUCCGCCUCCUCCUGCUGUGACCUCUGACCUCCUGACAGGUGAACAAUCAGGUGACCUGUCAGGUAAACUGUCAGCAGUGUUUUAUUUUUCUGUCCAGGUGAGCUGUGUCCUGAUUGGACUAUAUCAUGGUUAGUUUUGUUUUUAUAUGUGUGACGCAGCGUCUCACCUGUUCAGGUGUGUUUUUAUAACUGAGGUGUCAAAGGAAGCAGAAAACGAGUUUGAGCCCACCUGAUGACCUCUGACCUCACAGCUUCAUGUGCCUUAGCUCCGUUCAGCAUGCUGUCAAUCAACCUCCGUUCAACCGAUCAAUAAAAGUAUUUAUUACCUGCU